CCUAUCCGCGCGGGUAGAGAGAGGGACGUCCACGUCGCCUUGCUGGCAAAACAGCAAAACGAACUUCUCAAGAGGGUGCAGGUUUCACCAGCUUGUUGCCCCCUUGCCCCCCUCUCCGCAGAGGACGCCCCAGCAUCGUCGGCCAACUAGAUGGCGUGUUUCGGGGUGAAGUAGUGUGGAAAUGAGAGGCGAGCCUCGACACCGCUGAGCUGGGCGGAUUAGACGUCACCGCUAAAGCGGACAGAAAAACUAUCCACUGGCACGGCUUCAUCAAAGAGAAAUGCACGAUUGGCCGAAAAUGAAAUGCAUUUCAAUUUCUGCUGCAGACGAAUUGGGGGACAACCAUGUUCUACUUCACCUCGUCCGAGGGCCACACCAUUUACAUGGGCAAGGACAAAUUCGAGAACGAAGACCUCGUCCGCUACGGGUUCAUGGAGGACAUUUGGUUUCAUGUCGACGACUUAUCUUCUGCGCACGUCUACCUUCGACUUCCUCUGGUCAGUUUGGAUGGGAUGAUUGGAAUGCCGAUGCACUUGCUCAUGCGCGUGUUCUGUUGAACCAGGGCAAAACUAAAGUGGACGAUGUUUCGGAAACGUGUCUGGAGGAAUGUGCCCAGCUGGUCAAGGAAAACUCGAUAGAAGGAAGUAAAAAGAAGAGUGUUAGUGUCUGCUACACAAGGUGGCGGAAUUUGAAAAAGACGCCGUCCAUGGAAGUUGGCCAAGUGGGCUUCCACCACCCCGAACGAGUUCGGCAUUACAAGGUUGAGGAGAAGAACAAGGACAUUAUCAAGAUGCUCAACAAGACGAAGCAAGAGUCCCAUCCCGACUUGGAAGAGGAGCGUCGGCAGCGCGAGCUGCUGUACAAGGCCGAGCGCAAGAAGCAGCGUCUGCAGCUGGAGGGAGAGCAGCGCAAGGCAAAGAUGGAGUACAAACAUCAGAAGGAUCUACGUAGCUACUCAUCCCUCUUGUCUAGAGACAACAUCGAAUCAGGCGACAAGUUAGAGGCUGCUGCCGAUCUCAGUAGCGUCAAUGCGUACGAAGAGGACUUCAUGUGAUCGCAAAACUUGUUGCACGCUUCAACUUGAAGCACGAGGAUCGUCUGCUUUUUUUUUCCAAUAAAAAUCGUUAUGUGCGACACACAA